AUGGCUCUGACGUCUCUGUCUGUCAUUCUCGCCGUUUUCGUCUCUAAUAUCAACAACCGUGGCUACCACCAAGCUCCACUUCCACCUUGUCUCAGAUCGUUUAUAGUCAUCGCCUCGAAGGCAAUAUGUUACAAACUGGAAUACAUUCACCAGAUUAAAUUCGAAGAAGUUAAGCCAUCUUCGUUUCAAGUCGUGGUCAAACGAAAUCGAAAGUUUACCCGUCCGCACCCAAGUGAAUCCGGAUGUAAUCUUAUUGAGUUCGGGAGCAGUGACCAAAUAGCCAACUCUAGCCGCACGAUCGAAGACAGUAGCCUUAGCAGACGGGGAAGCACUUUACAUGCCCGUGGUGUGCAGACAACAAUUCACCGAGAAUAUCCGCGCUCCUGGGAAGCCGAAGAAAUCCUGGAAAAGCUGCAACUAUUGCUGAACAAGGAAGAGGAAAGGAGUAAAGAGAUGGCGCUGAUGAAGCAAUGGCAAGAAGUGGCCGAAGUGGUGGAUCGAAUCCUAUUUUGGGUUUUUGUUCUUUCCACCCUCCUCUGUUCUCUAUCAAUUUUGGUGUUUGUACCCCUCGCCCGGUCCAAACAGUCUAUCAACAUCGAUGAUUGA